CCUUGCCCUGCACAAGGUGCAAUAGCACAGCCUGUAGCUCAACAGCCAGUGAUUCAACAACCUGUGAUGCAACAACCGAUAGUCCAGCCUGUAAUGCAGCAGCCAAUGGUUCAGCAACAAAUGGCUCAACCGGCUAUCGACUCAAACAUGAUACAGCAAGUGGUUGCACAGUCGAUGCAGUCGAUGCAGGCACAGCCUAUGCUUCAACAGCCUAUGAUGCAGCAGCCUAUGAUGCAACAGCCUGUUGUGCAGCAGUCCGUGGUGCAACAGCCUGUUGCACAGCAAGGUCCACAGUCCGUGGUGCAACAGCCAGUUGCACAGCAAGGCCCAGUCGCCGGCCAGGAGAUAUACAAUGUGCACGUGAUACAAGAGCCAAUUAUCGAGCAACCACAGUCCACAGGUCCAAAUGUGCAGGUACAAAAUCUUGGUUCUGGCGGAUCCCCUGGUAUUGCUGGAUGCGCUGGUUGUGGGAAGUGA